AGCCCGCCGCUGAUUGCUCGUGGAACUUUCUUGCCCCCCAUCAACCACCCGCAGAUCGUCGCUAACGGGGAUCCACUUUUCUUCGACAGCCUGGUCUCAGUCGCUCGGAUCAGUUCUAAUUAAACGCCCCCAGCUUUGGAUGCAGUCCCUGGCUUCGGAGCCUUACUUACCGUCGACGUCAGAAUGGGUAACAUGGAAAAAAAUACCCGUGUCAGCCAUGGGCCGUGGAGAGCUCCAAAGAGUAGCAUUAUUUCUACAGCUGCUUUCGUUUUUCGCUGGAUCUUAUACUAUUCACAUUUGCGCUUCACUUGCGCUUUCGUUCCUUUGUACAUUAGGAUAUCGUACAUUUUCGCCUCUCACGUCUUUUGCGUUUCUUGAUUCCGGAUUUUUUGAGCCAUAUCGUCAACUUUCAAGGUCUUGUGUGCCGUGAGGUGUAUCGAAUUCCGGUUGGAUCUCUCACUGCAGAGCGAUGAGGGCGGAACAUGAUAAUUAGCGCUUGGGCUCCUAGUUCAUGAAUUAGUCCAUCGAAGUCAAUGCGCUAUCUUUGCAACAAAGAACU